CCUACGACGGCAACGUUCCCGAAAUAUAUCUGAAGGCACAGAGCCACCAAUCCAGCUAUAUAUAGGGACGAAUGGAGAGCGCUGUCAGCCAAGUUCAUCAUGGAUUCGACACUUAGAACAAGGUUAGUUUAAUCAAAUGCUUCUUCAUACGGGCAUUUAUCUGAGGCACAGGAUGCUUAGGGUUUCAGAAUGGAAGUUACCUGUCAGAUCAACAUGGAGAGUUUCAUGUUUGCCCGCUUACCUAGACACGUGUGAUCUCACUAGAAGCAGUUUCAGAUAUGCAAAAAUAUCAUAUCAGACCAUGGAAAACAUGAAAAGUACCAUAGAAUGCUCCGAAGAGCUGCCUCUCUCAUCUUCAUAUGAAAUGGCCAUGGAAGCACUUUCAUCUCUCAUUACUAGUCAGAAACGUGGAGGCAGAUCAUCUGUAAGUGGCAAAUAUGGGAAAUUGGAUAGGAUGUCGAUGUAUCUUAAGAUAUUAGGCUUGGAGGAAAAAAUAGCUGGCCUUAAAAUUAUCCAUGUUGCUGGAACUAAAGGGAAGGGUUCAACAUGCACAUUUUGUGAGGCAAUUUUGCGGGAGUGUGGCUUUCGAACCGGACUCUUCAUUUCCCCUCACCUAAUUGAUGUGAGGGAAAGAUUACGUAUAGAUGGCUUGGACAUUUCUGAGGAAAAAUUUCUCAUGCAUUUUUGGGAUUGUUGGAACCAGUUGAAGGAAAAAGUUACAAAUGACUUGCCAAUGCCUCCAUUAUUCCAGUUCCUCUCUGUUUUGGCAUUCAAAAUAUUUACAUGCGAAGAGGUGGAUGUUGCUAUUAUUGAGGUUGGUCUUGGGGGAAAGAGGGAUUCAACAAAUGUGAUCAAAGAACCUGUUGUUUGUGGUAUUACUUCUUUGGGGAUGGAUCACACUGAGACAUUGGGAGAUACCCUUGGAAAGAUAGCUUCGCACAAAGCUGGAAUUUUCAAGCCUCAAAUUCCUGCAUUCACAGUACCCCAACUUUCUGAGGCAAUGGAUGUUCUUCAGCAGAGAGCCCAUGAACUAGAGGUUCCUUUAGAAGUAGCAGCACCACUUGAUCAUAAGAAGUUGAAAGGCUUGAAGCUUAGUUUGUCUGGUGAUCACCAGUUUAUUAAUGCUGGCCUUGCUGUUUCCCUCUGUAAAUGUUGGCUUCGAAGUACAGGAAAUUGGGAAAAACUAUUAAAAAAUGCUAACCAGGAAGAUGAUUUGCUUGAGGCAUUCCUCAGAGGUCUUUCAACUGCACGCCUUUCUGGAAGGGCUCAGACUGUAUAUGACACUCCUCUGAAGUCAUACAAUUUGUCAGAAGCUACUGAAAAUUCCUUUGGAGAUCUAAUCUUUUACUUGGAUGGAGCUCACAGUCCUGAAAGCAUGGAUGUUUGUGCCAGAUGGUUCUCAAAUGCUGUGAAAGAAAGGAGGAAUUCACCAUCAUCUUCCUUUGUCGAGGUUGGAAAUAUGGUGAAUGGUUACAUUCAUCACAAGAAGGAAAAUACUGAGGAAUCUAAUAAAAUAUCAAAGCAGAUUCUUUUAUUCAACUGCAUGGAGGUGAGAGACCCACAUAUUCUGCUUCCACAGCUUGUGAGGACAUGUGCUUCAUCAGGUACUCAUUUUUCGAAAGCCCUUUUUGUCCCAAGUAUAUCAACAUACAACAAGGUUACUUCCGGUGAUUCAAUUGUUCCAUUGAAUCUUCCUGCCAGGGAUUUGUCAUGGCAAUUCAAUCUCCAGAGAAUUUGGGAGAAGAUAAUCCAUAACAAAGAUGUUGUGGUUGAUGAGAGUUUCAAGAUGGAUAGCCCUAGGAAUUUACCACCCUUUGAAUUCCUUUAUGAGAAUGGCUCAAGUGGCAGUCCUUCAAGUAAAUGUCUUUCUUCCAGUGCAGUUAUGCCCUCAUUGCCUUUGACAAUAAGAUGGUUAAGGGAUUGUGUUAAAGAAAAUCCCUCCUUAAGACUUCAGGUUCUUGUCACCGGGUCAUUGCAUCUAGUAGGAGAUGUACUAAAGCUAUUAAGGAGGUGAUAAUUUAAAAUUUGAAUCUGGAUGCUUAAAAAAUUAAUCAUCCUAGAAAAAAAUUCUUUGCUCAUAUUCUCUUGAUAAAUUUCAUUCUCAAUUGUUUGAGAGCAGCCAUGGUUCCCCAUUCAAUCUAGGCCUGGCUAAUCUAAACAUAUUCUUUUAUUGAACAAGGAAGGGGAAUGUUCUAUUUAUAGAAGAACAAUGAGUUUAUUGUAUUGUGUAUAAUUAGCCAACAUUGAAUUCUGAAGAGAAACUCAUGCUAUUUCUCCAGAACUUACAUUUCCUGCAACAUGGUUAUGUGACACAACUCUUGGUUUAGACUUUUGCCUACUCUCCUGUGUAGAAUAAAGCCAUUUCAGGAAACCUUACCAACGCUGAAAAUGAUGGUAUUUUCAGAUGAAGCUUCUUCAUCAGCUGGGUUCCCUUUUGAUUGGUUGAUUAGUCUUAAUUCAAAUGUAUUGUGUUGAAAUGCAGUACUUUCUGUUAGGUUAAGCUCCUUAACAGUGAAUUCUUGGUUAUGGCAGUUCAUUUGUCCAAUCUGAUUUAUUUGUAGUAUGAUGUGUUCCUUGCCUAUACAGUGAAGAAGGGCAUGUUCUUUUUGUUUUGGAUGUUUCAAUUUUUUCCUUUUUGUAUGUAAACUGCAUGUUUACAUAAAUAAUGUCAUGUCAGUAUGGAUUCUAUAUGAAUUAAUAUUUUGUAUUA